AUGCUUCUUGCGACUAGUGAGUUUGCUGCGAUAGUCAGAGGCAUUACUUCAUUAAAUGGGGCAUGGGACCCUGAGGCCACGUGGCGAUUUAAUCACAGUAUCUUUGGCCGUGUCUCUUACGGCCUUCGACUUUGGCCUAUAAUACCACGGUCGCGAGACCGAGAGGAUUCUGCCUUCGCAGCUUUUCUUUUGUUUUCAGGAAGGCGAAAUGUCGAGGCAAUUCCCCUUCGGAAUGCCACUGGAGCUGCUGUCUCGAACUUCAUUCGGGAAUACAUUGUGUGCAGAUUCGGAAUCCCAUACAAGAUGGUCACCGACAAUGGCACGCCUUUUGUUAACAAGCAAGUGAGUUCAACCCUUAGUAGGUACGGUAUCAAACAUCGUCGCUCUACGCCUUAUUACCCACAGGGAAACGGUCAAGCGGAGGCUACCAAUAAGACGAUACUGAGGAUUUUAAGCAAGAUGGUAUAUGAGUAUCAAGGAGGCUGGAGCGUUCAGAUGCUUUGUGGGCUUACCGCACCUCACCAAGGAGCGCUAUAG